GGCCGCGCGCUGAGGAGCCGCCCGGCCGCCCGCGCGCUCCCUCAGGCGGCUUCCCCAGUCUGCGGCCCCUCGGCCGCCGGUCCCGGGCUCGCCGGCUGCGGGAGUGGCCUCAAGAUGGAUGAAGACGGCGGUGGCGAGGGCGGCGGCGUGCCUGAAGACCUCUCAUUAGAAGAGAGAGAAGAACUUAUAGACAUUCGUCGAAGAAAAAAGGAACUUAUUGAUGACAUCGAGAGGCUGAAAUAUGAAAUUGCGGAAGUGAUGACAGAGAUCGACAAUCUAACUUCUGUAGAGGAGAGCAAAACUACUCAGAGGAACAAGCAGAUAGCUAUGGGAAGAAAGAAAUUCAACAUGGAUCCCAAAAAGGGAAUUCAGUUUCUAAUAGAAAAUGACCUGCUACAGAGUUCCCCAGAAGACGUUGCCCAGUUCCUUUAUAAAGGAGAAGGCCUAAAUAAGACUGUCAUUGGGGACUAUCUGGGGGAAAGGGAUGAAUUUAAUAUUAAAGUUCUUCAAGCUUUUGUAGAACUCCAUGAGUUUGCUGAUCUCAACCUCGUCCAAGCCUUAAGGCAGUUCUUGUGGAGCUUCAGACUUCCAGGGGAGGCUCAGAAAAUCGAUCGCAUGAUGGAGGCUUUCGCUUCUCGAUACUGCUUGUGCAACCCUGGGGUCUUCCAGUCCACAGAUACGUGCUAUGUGCUGUCGUUUGCAAUCAUCAUGCUUAACACCAGCCUGCACAACCACAAUGUGCGUGACAAGCCCACGGUAGAGCGAUUCAUAACCAUGAACCGUGGCAUCAAUGAGGGUGGGGACCUCCCUGAGGAGCUGCUGAGGAAUUUGUAUGAAAGUAUUAAGAAUGAGCCAUUUAAAAUCCCAGAGGAUGACGGGAAUGACUUGACGCACACCUUCUUCAACCCUGACCGGGAAGGCUGGCUCCUGAAGCUGGGAGGGCGUGUGAAGACCUGGAAGCGCCGGUGGUUCAUCCUGACAGAUAACUGCCUCUAUUACUUUGAAUACACAACAGAUAAGGAGCCCAGAGGAAUCAUCCCGUUGGAAAAUCUCAGCAUCAGGGAGGUGGAAGACCCCCGGAAACCUAACUGUUUUGAGCUUUAUAAUCCAAGCCACAAAGGGCAGGUCAUCAAAGCCUGUAAGACGGAAGCAGACGGCCGCGUGGUGGAGGGGAACCAUGUGGUGUACCGGAUCUCUGCCCCCAGCCCCGAGGAGAAGGAGGAGUGGAUGAAAUCCAUCAGGGCGAGUAUCAGUAGGGAUCCCUUCUAUGACAUGCUGGCAACAAGGAAACGAAGGAUUGCCAAUAAAAAAUAGAGCAUUCCCGGCUUGAGCAGGUGAAAGUAAAGACCCAAACCCCACAGCAGACAGUGACUGAGGCUUCCCCAGAUGCCUUGAGCUGCCACUGCCUGAGCUGGCGUGGCCAGGAGGUGGUGGGCGUGUGGGCGCUCACAGCCUCUCCAGAAUGAGCACCCAGGGCCCAAACUGCAUAUCCUGAAGCCUUGUGCUGUGGUCUGGGAUCGGAUCAGCUUCAGGAGCACUUCCUUCCCGAGACUGUUGGUGCCCACAGAGGGAGGUGUCCAAAUGGCACCCCCCCCCCCAGUUUCUCAGCAGCAGCGCCUGGUGGUUCAGCCGAGAAACCUGUGCAGCAGACGCGGGAUGCGUUUCCAUAGGCGGGAGCCUCGUCUGAACCAUGCCAAACGUGCUCGCUUGUGGCAGUGUUAACUGUUCUAGAAGCCGCUGUUUUAUAUCAAAACAGGAAAGGAAAAGCUACCGAUUUUGUAUUCAGGAUUUUUUCUCAGAUAUAUAGGAUUAUAGCUUUUAUAUGCCUUUUUAUAUCCUCAAAUUAUAACAAGAUACUUUCUAACAGUAGUAUUUUUAGAAUGGCAGCUAUAAAGUUAACUCCUGGACAUAAGUAUAUACUGUGCACUGAAAAAAAAUACAUAUAUAUGCAGCACCCAAAGGGUGGGCUGGGAGCACUUGCACUUGGGUAGAAGCUGGUGUGGCUCCUGUGGGGUCCACUGGGGAGGGAGCCAUCUGGUGUCCUGAGGAGGCUUCAGUGUGCUUCAACUCAGACUUUUUGGCCCCGCAAAUACUUUCUAAAGAAACAAAUCAUUAAAAUACAAUGAUUAUGGUUUGGGGGUGUUCAUCCCGUAACUGCUAAUCCUAGGAAACAGUGCUUUUCCCCUGGAUACAGAUUGUCCAUAUGUUGAACCACAUGUAACUGCUCAUAUUUGACUGUUUUUCAUCCACACAGUGUCAUAUGGUUCAUCUGAACACAUGGGUCAGACCAGCUUUUGACCCCAUCCAUCGCUAUUUAAAACCUUGGGCCAGAUGAGUGCUUAUUUUACUGACCUUAUAAUUUGACCACAUUUCUUAAUGUAAUGAAUAGACACAAAAGUAACUAGAAAUAAUCAGUCUUGCUCACCAUGUCUUUAUAGAUUUGCUCCCCCAUCAGCAGGGAGAGAGCGAUCCAUGGGUGCAGCGGUGGGGCACUUAGGGUUUCUGUGAACAGUUAGAACCUGAUAUAGACAGCAGUGGUGGAACUUGCAAAGCGCCACAUCCAGGAGGUGGUCAGGUUGCCAUGGCCUAGAGUAGCAGGUGCUCGGUACGUCUGCUGAAGGGACGCUGGAUCUGGCCCUGCACAUGGACAUGCCACGAGGCUGGACGGGGUGCCGUGUGCUCAGACUAAGAUGGCUGGUGGCAGAUGCCACACUCCAUCAGGAGCUUUAUUUCCGCUUCAUAGACUUUUGCAUGUGAGGGCUGUUCAGUUGGUAGAUGGCUUUCCCCCACAGACCUCCCCUCCCUGCCCUGUGUAGACACACAUCUUGAACAUGCACCCUUUGGAGGUCCUUUGUGCUCCAGUGCAAAACGACAGUCCAGGAGAGAAAACCUCAGACUGGAUGCACUUAGGUUCAUUCUAAACAAAAGCAACUACUCCCACGAGUUGCCUCAAAUGGGAGCCCUUGCCUCCAUGCAGCUGACCCUGGUGUACCUUUAAGUCACAGAGUGUAAAGGGGUACAAGGCCAUAACUCUACGCAUCAAGCUGAAAUAAUUUUUUGGUUCAUUCCCAAGUUUCUAGGCUUUGCUUCUGUACUGAUACCUCAAAUUUGAAUCUUUAGUUUUUGAGAAAGGCAAGUCAGGAAUCUUGAGAUGCCUGACUGGUAUAUAUGCAACUCUGGCCUCCAGUCUUCCAUGAAAACAGCAGCUCUGCCUGGACCCCCCAGACCAAACACUGAUGACGGGCUCCUUCGGCAGUGCCCACCCCUCAGGCUGGCCCCAGUGCCAGUUCUGUCAGUAUGUCACAUGAGGACAAGCCAUUUCCUUUCUCCUAACUGUCCAACCCAGGUAUAACCCUGAGGAUGCGGAGCUUUCAGUCUUUGGGGUAUUGGAAGAAGUGAGCAUAAAGGAGUCACCUAAUAAUAAUGGUUUCUCUGCUGUGGGCGUCUGUGAACGUGCUUCCCCCAGAAGUGCUGCAGGAGGCCUUGGUGCUUAGAGUCUAGGUGACAUGUUAUGUGAAAUCACCUAACUCCAGGUUUUGUUAUGACAGUAUUAACACACAGGGCACACAGCCAUCACGCCUGCUUAGCCCUCAGGCACACCUGGUCCAGAACACUUGCCAGUCAGGUACUGUGUGGGACUGGCCUCCACCAGGGCUGCCCUGAAGCAGGAUGGCUCUGCCAUUCCUUGAGGUGCGUGGGCAUGGUUUUGUUGCCCGAGCCUCAGUGUGAUCCAUCAUGUCCAGCUGCCUCCCCACCCGGAUGUCUACGCACAGUGCUUGAGUUAUUAGUCCCAACUCUGGCCAAAGACAAACUUUCCUCCAGAGACAAAGGGCAGUGGGCAGUGAAGAGGAACCCUGGGUGGGAGAGGGUGGCUUCCACAGCCGCUCCAGCUUGUCUUGCUAGGCCCUGGCUAACACCUGAGGUUUAAUUGGACUGAUCUUGGACCCAGAUAAGCAACCAUCGAUGUCUUCAGGGCCACAGAGUGUUUUGGGGCAGUUUAAUGUGGUACCAAACUGGGUCAAAAUAGGAGCUAUUUAUGGAUGAAGCAGCACUUAAUGCUUCAUAUAAAGCAAUGCAUAUUUUUAAACUUAUAGAUGCAUUAUAUCUACAUAGAUGUGCUUUGCUGAGAAGUUAGGUCUGUUGUAGACCAGAAACCUAAGUUGUGAUUUCUCAUUUUCUUAUUUUUUUCUUAGAAAAUGUUUCUAUUUACAGUAAAUAUAGUAAUAUGUAAAUAAUGUACAUAUAUAUUGACUUCUGGAGUGUGUGUUAUUCAGUGUAUAUACUCCCAUAACUUGCAUGAGAAAUAUCCUGUAUCAGAUAUUUGGUUGUAAAGUGAACAGUAAGACUGGGUGGUGUAUGGCUGUCAAAACUCUUGCAAAUACUGUGUUCACUAAAUAAAAGUCAUGAAAACAA